AUGAAGCCAGUCCAUUGUCUGUCCCUGCUAGCCUUCCAGGCCUUGUGCGUGGCUGCUGGCCAACACGAGCAUCCGCAUUCAACCGUCUUCAACCCUCAUCGCGCUCUAUGGAAGAGACAAGAAGCCGCCUUUCCGCCCACCUUGGACCAGAAUGAGGCGAUACUGGCCAACUCCUUCGAUAACGCUUCGCUUGAAACAUGGUCUUAUUACUACACCCAUGGCCUGCACCUCGCUGGUACCAAUAAGACCAUUGCUCAGUGGACUGCUGAUCGCUGGAAUGAGUUUGGCUUCUCAGCCAAGCUAGUUGAGUACUAUACGUACCUGAACUAUCCGGUGUCGCACUCGUUGUCUGCGACCUUCCCCAAUGGAUCAACUUGGACCGCCUCGCUGCGGGAGGACCCCUUGCCUGAGGAUGAUGUGACUAACUAUCCCAACAGCGUCCCCACAUUCCACGGGUAUUCCUUCAGUGGUGAUGCAGAAGCAGAGUACGUCUACGUCGGUCGCGGCCAGCAGGUAGACUUUGAACGACUCAAAGCAUUGGGCGUGCCUCUUGAAGGCAAGAUCGCCUUGUCCCGCUACGGCGGUCCGUUCCGCGGACUCAAGGUCAAGAAUGCUCAGGAGAACGGCCUUAUCGGCGUCGUUAUCUUCACAGAUACAGCUGACGAUGGCAAUGUGACGGAGGCCAAUGGCUAUGCCCCUUAUCCUCACGGACCAGCGCGAAAUCCAACCUCGGUGCAACGUGGGAGCGUAGAGUACUUGUCCACCCACCCUGGCGAUCCGACGACCCCAGGCUACCCAUCGCACUUUGAUUCACCUCGUACGGACCCGUCUCUCGUCACGCCACAGAUCCCAUCUCUUCCUAUAUCGUGGAAAGACGCCCAACCAUUGAUCCAAGCGCUCGACGGCUAUGGUACCAGUGGGACGACAGUGAACCGUACCAACUGGGUCGGCAAGCUCAAUGCAACCUACUCAACGGGACCAGCUCCAGGAACAACCAUUUCGCUGUCCAAUGUCGUGAGAGAAGAGACCACCUGGAUCUGGGACACCAUCGGGAUCAUCAACGGAACCCACGAGGAUGAAGUCAUCAUAAUCGGCAACCAUCGCGACGCCUGGGUGGUUGGUGGUGCUGCGGACCCAAACUCGGGCUCGGCGGUGCUUGUCGAGCUUGCUAAGGCUUUUGGAGCAUUACUCAAGACUGGUUGGAAGCCCCGACGAACCAUCGUUCUGGCCUCUUGGGACGCAGAAGAGUAUGCCUUGCUCGGCUCCACCGAAUGGGUUGAGGAGUACAUUCCCUGGCUGAGCAAGGCGGCGGUCGCCUACCUCAACGUCGACGUCGCUGUAUCUGGCCCCGAUCCUGAGCUAGCAGCCUCGCCGGAGCUGCAUGAGAUCGCCACCGAGGUUCUCAAGAAGAUUGUCUAUCCGUAUCGUGGCUACAACAACCUGACGCUCUACGAUGUCUGGUACGGCCUGACCGAGGGCGAAGUUGAAGUCUUGGGUUCUGGAAGCGACUACACCGCUUUCAUUCACAACGGCAUCGGCUCCCUGGACUUUGGCGCCGGCGGAGGUCCUACAGAUCCAAUUUAUCAUUACCACUCCAAUUACGACACCUUCCACUGGAUCAGCACUUUUGGUGACCCCGGCUUUGUUGCCCACAAAGCUAUCGGGCAGUACGUCACUUUGUUGGCAUAUCAUCUGGCGAAUGAUCCCAUCAUCCCUUUCAACGUGGAGAAUUAUGGGGUGCAAUUGACCUUGUAUCUAGAGACGCUGGCCGAUGAUAUUGCAUCCGCCAAUGCCACCGUCGACCUAUCUCCCCUAGAAUCGGCCGUGGCAACAUUCAAUGCCUCGGCUGCAGCCCUUACCGAGUUGAUCAAUACGGCAUCAACGGAACAGGAAAUCAGCUUUGUCAAUGCCAAGCUGAGGGACUUCGGUCGUGGAUUCGUGUCGCAAGGCGGUCUACCAACGAGAGAAUUCUACAAGCAUGUGGCUUUUGCACCGGGUCUCGACACGGGAUAUGCUCCCACAACCUGGCCCGGUAUCACCGAGGCGGUGGCUGCUGGCAACUUCACUCUCGCCAACAUUUGGGUGCAGAAGUCGGCGAAAGCGGUCGAGGUGGCAGCUGGUAUUUUGACGCCUUGA